ACCGGAGCGCCAGAAGCAGCAUUGCGAGCAGGUGUCUGCAGCGGCAGCAUCAUAGCCAGUAGUAGUGGUGGGAAGGGAGCAGAGAGAGCCGGCUGCAUAGGCUUGUGUGGACGGCUUUUUCAUAAGCCUUGUUAUAAAUCCACUACCCGCUCCACCUCCCCUUUUCCCAAACCCCACUCCCCUUUAUAGUUUUUUGCCCCUUAUUUUAUACAAGCGACCUCCCUACCCUAUAUUUCUCUCCCCCUCCCCAUCUUUUUUUUUUUUUUUUUUUUAAAGUGCAGCGGGUCUUAGAGGAUGCAGCAGAUUUUCUCUGCAGUCACCAAUUCAAACAAGGGAGAUCACAGUAAAGCAGGAAUAUUCAUAAUAAAAAGCGGGGCACACUGACACACACUGGCUUUGUAACGCUUUAAUAUAUAUAUCCCAGUUUCUUUGUUUGCAUCCUCUUAGUUUAGAUUAGCAGCAGCGAGCAUAUAGCUGCUCUCUUGCAGGGCUUUUUUUUUUUUCUACAUGAUUUUAUUUUGAUAUUCAUCUUGUAUUAUUUAAGAGGUCGCAGUCAUUUUGUGGGUUUAUAUUACAGCUGUGGGCAGGUUAGCCUUUUGCUACAAAUAUAUAUAUAUAUAUUUAUGUAUAUAUAAAUAUAUAGGCGAGACGUGCAUUUGAAGUCCGCUUUACAUCCAUAUUGAGAAGGACCGCAUCCUUUAGAAACUGACAACUAAAGACGGCAACUCCAAACUAACAUGGCAGUGAGACUGUGUGAUGUGGCUUCUCUGCUUAGAAGUGGUUCGUGGGCAGCAGAGCCUUGGACUGGGCAGGUAAUUGCUGCCAUGGAAACACAGCUGUCCAAUGGUCCCACAUGCAAUAACACAGGCAAUUGUCCAAACACUAUAAACAACUGCUCAUCACCAGUGGACUCCAGCAAUACAGAGGACAGCAAGACCAAUUUAAUAGUAAACUACCUUCCCCAGAACAUGACACAGGAGGAAUUGAAGAGCUUGUUUGGGAGCAUUGGAGAAAUAGAGUCCUGUAAGCUAGUGCGGGACAAGAUCACUGGACAAAGCUUGGGUUAUGGUUUUGUGAACUACAUUGAUCCCAAGGACGCCGAGAAGGCCAUCAAUACCCUGAAUGGAUUAAGACUUCAGACCAAAACCAUUAAAGUGUCCUAUGCUCGCCCAAGUUCAGCUUCCAUUAGGGAUGCAAACCUGUAUGUUAGUGGACUUCCAAAAACCAUGACCCAGAAAGAGCUUGAACAGCUGUUUUCGCAGUACGGCCGGAUCAUUACAUCACGCAUUCUAGUUGACCAAGUAACUGGUGUAUCAAGGGGAGUUGGCUUUAUCCGGUUUGACAAGAGGAUUGAGGCUGAAGAAGCAAUCAAAGGCUUAAAUGGACAGAAACCUCCAGGAGCAACAGAGCCUAUAACUGUCAAAUUUGCAAACAAUCCAAGCCAAAAAGUGAACCACACUAUUCUUUCCCAGUUGUACCAGUCCCCAAACCGGAGAUACCCAGGACCACUUGCUCAACAAGCUCAACGUUUUAGGCAGAAUUCAAAUGCCAUGGUGCAUGUAUCCAAGACAUCCCUCCAUAGCGAGUUGGACAAUCUGCUCAAUAUGGCUUAUGGAGGAAUAAAGAGUAGGUUCUCGCCAGUGACUAUCGAUGGCAUGACUAGUUUGGCUGGAAUAAACUUUCCUGGACAUGCUGGCACUGGAUGGUGCAUAUUUGUGUACAACUUGGCACCCGACGCAGAUGAAAGCAUCCUGUGGCAGAUGUUUGGCCCCUUUGGAGCUGUCACUAAUGUUAAAGUCAUCCGUGACUUCAACACAAACAAGUGCAAAGGCUUUGGGUUUGUAACGAUGACUAACUAUGAUGAGGCAGCAAUGGCUAUUGCUAGUCUUAACGGGUAUCGUCUUGGUGACAGAGUACUGCAGGUGUCUUUCAAAACGAGCAAAACGCACAAAGUUUAAAUUAACCUCACUUCUGUUAACACAUACAAGCAUCAAACGCAAGUUGAUAAAUUUUAUACUUGAUCAAUUUGUUCUUAGAAGCAGUGUGGGAGCUUGACAUAAUUAGAAAAUGGUCUAGUAACCUUAUAACUUGUGAGAUUUUGUUAUUAGUCUUUGAAUUUAUUAUCUUUUAUGUUUAAAUAUGGACGCUAGACAACAGGGUUUUUACCUGUCUCAUUGCAUUCUACCGCCUUCUGUAAAUGGGGCCUUUUACUAUUUCUGCAAUGAGAAGAAAGUUAUUUUUUGUUUUUACAUUAUUGCCUUUGAUCCUGUGCAAUUGUAAAAAAUUUAAAAAAAAAAGAAUAGCAACUCGUUUUUCAGUGGGAUUUUUUCUGUACUACGUAACUUUAGUGCUAUGAAGCAGUUUAUCAAAAGUUGUUUUUGAGAUAUAUACUUUAAUUUAUAAAAUGUAAACCUAUUUAUGUUAUAACUGUUAUUUUUUAUGUUGUAUCUGUUUGGGUUUAGGGGCAGGGGUGGCCUCAGUUAUAGAACCUAUUGUAAGAUUGCUGAAGAAUUUUCAUAAAGUAGUACAGUACCUUGCCAAAGAGAUGAUAACCUCUUUGAUAUGGGUUUCAAAUGAGAAAAAGCAUCUAUUUUUAUAAAAAACUAAAAUAAAAAAAUUUGAACAAACUUUUUACUGGUCCUGGAACAAACUAUUUUGACUUGAAUACUUUGCAAAAUCUACUUCAUAUGAAAACCCUGUGAGCUUUUAAAACUUUCCAGGAUAUUUGUGUGAUAUUUUUGGAGAGGGAUACUGUAAAGCUGGGAGGGAAUGAAAGUGACUCAUAAGGGAUGUGCUUUUUGUUUUAAAUUACUUGAGGUUUUCUUUAGCAUUUUGUAUUAAGGGUCAAAUUUAAUGAGACUGGUUGGUAUAUUGUUACUGAUCAGUUUGGUCAUCUUGGUGAUCUGCAAUUGCUCACAGUUUGUAAUUUUGAGACAAAUGUGACAAAAAAAAUCAAAGUAUAAAUGAGCUGGCAAGAAAAAUGUAAUUGCCAAAAGAUUUUGGGGGGAAAUAAAUCUGUUCUUCCUAAAGCAUUCCCUUCAGAAAGGAGCUCAUGGUGUUUAGUGAUGUACUUUGUCUUGUUUGAAUACCUUUUCUUUUUCUUUUUUAUAUAUAUAUAUAUAUAUAUAUAUGUAUAUAUAUAAUUUUGUGUAUUGAAUAGCUUCACAUACAGUGGCAUUACCAACCUGCAAAGUGGAACAAUGAUUUUGUCUGUUAAAUGUUGUUCUGUUUAAAGCUAGCACCUGAGCUUUUGUGUAAUGUUUGACCCUAUAAUCAUUUAAAAACAGAAGAAAAAAAACACCUAGCUUAGAUGGGGUCUGCAGCUUGCUGGUAGACUUUUUUAUUUUUUAUAUUAUUUUUUUUCCCCUUUGCUGCUAGGAUUCUGUUGACUAUGCCAUUUGAAUGGCUUACUUUAGGUUUAUCAAACCUUUUUCCUAGAAGUGGUGUUAAGCACACUUUUUUUUUGUAUAUGUAAUCAUUGUUACUUGAAUUACAUAUUAUGUUGGUCCUGAGAACUUGAAAUAUAUUUGUGUUGCUUAUUUUGUCUGUUAAUAUUAACUUACAAGGUUUAUUGUGAUAGGUUUUUGGGCUUUUUCUUUAGAGUUUGUUGGAGAAACUAAAGAGUAAUUUAUUUUUUUUGUAUAUGCUAUUUAAAAUCAAAUUUAAAUCCACUAAUCACUUAGAAAGAUAAUCAUAUGGUUAACCACGUGUAAAUGAACAAAACAAAUAUAUAUUUAUCUCUCUAAAAGUAAAGGAGUUGGUGCCUUCUACAGGUAUCAUGACAAGAUUACAGUUUUGUUUUUGCUUUGUACAGAUUUAAAUGCUUCCUCUUAGGCAAAGCAAUGUGUGAUAUGCAUUACAUAUCUGUAUAUGAUCUUGCAGUUGCUAUUUUAUUUAAUUUGUCUAACAGUUUUAUUUUAUAAUGGUUGCUCAGUACAUAUACUGUGAAAAUAGCAUGUCAAAGGGUUAAGGCAAAUUUUCAUGCUCCUUUUUUCACAAGUUGUAAACUUAAUUCUCCUUUUUGGCAAACCUCUAAACAGUGGGGUGUUUUUUGUUUUUUCAUUUAUUUGUUUUUUGUUUAAUUUGUGUUAGGACACCCUUAUUUAUGAAAUGUUUAUAUGCAAAUAUAUAAAUAUGUAAUGUUUUGCAGUCAUUGUGAAAAGAGCAUAAAAAUUGUACCUCACUUUGCGGCAUUUCUUGGAGCACUUGAUGUGUGAGGCUGGUGUUUAUUUAAAGUUGUACUGUAUGCCUUGAUUAGCACCUCUGUUAAAAUAUAUAUUCUGUUGAGUAUUUAACAAGCUGUAUGUUUUUGAUUUAUUAUUUUGUGUUUGAAUCCUUUGUAUUUUUUCCAUGUUUAGUACAUCAAUAAACAAAGUUGAAGGGAAAAAUGAA